AUGCGUCCAAUUGCAAUGGCGCCAGCUGUAGCACCACGUAUGCCAAUGUAUCCACCUGGUGGGCCAGGUUUAGGUCAACAUAUAUUCUAUGGUCAAGCUCAGCCUACAUUCAUUCCUCCACAGCCUGGAUUUGGGUAUCAACAGCAACUCGUGCCAGGUAUGCGUCCAGGUGGCGCCCCAAUGCCAAACUUCUUCAUGCCAAUGGUACAGCAAGGUCAACAAGUUCAACACCCAGGUGGCAGGCGUGCUACUGGUCCAGACACUCGUAUCACAAAUGAAUUCCAAUCUUCGUGGGAGGAUGUACCGUUACCCCCUGGACAGAAUGUUCCGGAUGGUUCCAUGACCGGAAUUGGAGGUGGGGGAAUGGUUUUUGUUCCGUAUGACAUGGGUGGAAUGGCAUUGAGAGACACUGGAAUCACACAACACAUUCCGAUUGGUGCGUUGGCUUCUGCACUUGCUAAUGCUUCCCCCACAAAACAGAGAACGGUAUAUGCUGCAGUUGUGAAACACUUGGAAACUGUCGCAAGGACUGAAGUAACUUCCCUUAAGGAAGAAGCAGUGAGCAUGAUUCUUCAUCUAAGGGAUGGUGAUAUUCUUUUAGUUUCUGAUAUCAUCAUUUAA